CUCUGAGGUGAACUCUGAGAAAGGAACCUGUGGGCACAGGAGGCCUGAGGAGGGAGAGAGCCAGAAGGGAAGACCCAGCCAUUCUGCCAACCCACGGCCAGUCUUGGAAGCCGCAGUCAGCUGAAGCCACCUCCCCUAAGGGUCCCGACUUGCCUAUCUCUCCUUGGCCCCCAGUGCCUGCCAGAAGGAAAGCCGGAUAGAGCAAGAAGACGAUGGAGCCAGGCAGGACUCAGAUAAGGCUCGAUCCCAGGUACACGGCAGAUCUUCUGGAGAUACUGAAAACCAAUUACAGCAUUCCCUCUUCCUGCUUCUCUUACCCUCCCACUGCACCCCAGCUUUUGAGAGCAUUGGGCCCUGUGGAUAUUUCCCUCAUGGUCAUCAUGACCUUGCUUGUCCUGGCCUCAAUAGCCAUCUUCCUGGAGGUUGCUGUCUACCUGCACAAGAACACCCGCUGCCCUAUCAAGAGGAAGACCCUGAUCUGGUGCAGCUCUUCACCCACGAUAGUGUCCGCAUUCUCCUGCUUUGGUCUCUGGAUUCCUCGUGCCCUCACACUUGUGGAAAUGGCCAUAACUACGUUUUACGCGAUGUGCUUUUACCUGGUGAUGCAGGCCAUGGUAGAAGGCUUUGGUGGGAAGGAGGCAGUGUUGAGGACACUGAAGGACACCCCGGUGAUGAUCCAUACAGGCCCCUGCUGCUGCUGCUGCCCCUGCUGCCCCCGAAUCAAGAUCACCAGGAAGAAACUUCAGCUGUUGCUGUUGGGCCCCAUCCAGUACGCCUUCUUCAAGAUAUCACUGAGCCUGGUGGGCCUGUUUCUCAUCCCUGAUGGCAUCUUUGACCCAUCAGACAUUUCUGAGAGGAGCACAGCUCUAUGGAUCAACACUUUCCUUGGUGUGUCCACCCUGUUGGCUCUGUGGACCAUAGGCAUCAUUUUUCGUCAAGCCAGGCUGCACCUGGGCGAGCAGAACAUAGGAGCCAAAUUUGUUCUGUUCCAGGUACUCCUUAUUCUGUCUGCCCUGCAGCCAUCCAUCUUCUCAGUCUUGGCCAAUGGCGGGCAGAUUGCUUGUUCGCCUCCCUUUUCUUCUAAAAUCAGGUCUCAAGUGAUGAACUGCCACCUCCUCAUCCUCGAGAGUUUUCUGAUCACUGUGCUGACACGAAUAUACUACCGAAGGAAAGAUGACAAGCUUGGAUAUGAACCUUUCUCUUCUCCAGACCAGGACUUAAACCUCAAAGCCUGAGGUGAAUGGCUUGGACAAUGAAAGAGACACUGUAUUCAUUAGAUGGGCACAAGAUUUCUUUACUGUUCUUCAACCUUGACCAAAUGGGGAUCGAUUCUAUUGUCAGCGCAAGCUGGCAAAUGAUGUAUGCGUGACUGUAGAGAUGAAUCAGAACUAUGCAAUAGGAUGAAAUUGUUUUGGAUCUUGCCUGAGGAAGGUAUUUUAAGCUUAAUAAACAGGAUGGAGUUUGAUUUUCUACAACUGGGCACAUUGCCUCCGUGGGUGCCACUAUUAGCCCAUCAAGAUUGUAUAUUAAAAGGUUAUUCUGAGCUUUCCCAAAGCAAAUGAAAGGGGGAAGAGUGUAUGAUAGUUUUCUUGGUAUAAUAACAGGAACAAACUCAGCCAGGCAAAACAGUAUGAUUCCAAAGUCUCAAUGAAACGAGGCUUCUGAAGAACAGAAGUUGUUCCCUUACAGAUGUGUCAGUAGGGCACUGAUGACAUUAGACCGGGGAGAUCUACAUCAGCCUCCCUUUGUGGGCCAAUGGCUUUCUGAGUCUUCUGUACCAAGCUGCAAAAGGAACUGCAAUGAUAUGGUCAUGCAACGAUUCUGAGGAGACAAAUUAGGAUGCAAAAGUAAAGGAAUUGAUCAUACAGGAAAAGUCUCAAAUACAUGAAAUAUAUAAUACACAUGUGAAACAUUAGGUAAAAUCACUUUGCCUUUAUUUGGCUAAUGACAAAAGCCAAAAUAACUGAACAAUAACAAUUUAGUAACACUCGGACAGGAAAAAAAUAUACUGCACACCAAUUGAGGAAAACGUCCUUAUGGACACCAGCACUGGUGAUGGGGCCAACAUUCAUGCCAAGGCCAGUAUUUCUUUCCAACACUCUUCUCAGGAUCGACAAUACAAAACAACUCAACCAAUCAAAUCUCUGUGUUCAAAACAGUCAGUGUCUCCCUAAGAAUGGUGAGAAAGCCCACUUGAAAGCUAAGUAAACAGAACUGCAGUCAUUUUAAUGUUAAACCAACUACUUUUGUUUUCUACCCCAAUCUAAGUACUAACAUUAAACUUUGGCAGACAGAAUAUCUUUCUUCUUUCUUUUAAAGAAAAUUAACAUUUAAUAGUAUAAUCCCCAAAACAUGUUCUAUUUAUUUGCAAAAAAUAAUAGCUAGGGACCAGUCUUUAUCCCAUGACAAUCUAUUCCAUGAGAGAAAAGAAGAACAAUCAUUGUAUGACCUUGAAAAAUAUACCUUUAAAAAUACUUAUAUUGAUAAGCUUGAAAAACAUACCACUAGUUAAAAACAUUGUUAAGGGAGCUUUUCUCCUACCUGCACUGGCUCAACUUCUGGUGAUAGUUUGCUGACAGAA